AGUGUUGCGUUGAGACGAGGAGAACUCCGGUCCGCCGACCACCGCGGAAGCGAAAGCGAUAUGGAAAUGACGAAGCCUGAAAUUAAGGAGAAGAACGAGGAAGUUCCGAAGAGCCUAGACGACUUCCUGACCGUGAGACCCUAUGUGGCACCGUCCUGGGCCUCCCACCUGAACCCCAUCCCGGAUCACUUCUGUUCUCUUGGCCGUUUUCCUACUCCCAUUCACAAGUGGAACCUUCCAAAUCUGCCCAACAACACCGAGGUCUGGCUCAAGCGUGACGAUCUUGCUGGAAUGCAAUUGAGUGGUAAUAAAGUUAGGAAACUAGAAUUCUUCAUCGCAGAUGCUUUGAAACAAGGUGCCGAUUGUGUUAUUACUAUCGGAGGCAUCCAAAGCAACCACUGUCGUGCUACUGCUGUUGCUGCCAAGUAUUUCAAUCUCGAUUCUUAUCUUAUUCUAUUCACUUCAAAGGCGCUCUUGAACCAAGACCCUGGAUUCACAGGCAAUCUUUUGAUCGAGCGAUUAGUUGGAGCUCAUAUCGAACUUGUCACCAGAGAAGAGUAUCAAGAAAAUGGAUCAGAGGCAAUGACAGAUUACUUAAAGUCAAAAUUAGUCGCUGAAGGAAGAAAGCCAUAUGUUAUUCCUGUYGGAGGAUCAAAUUCUCUUGGAAUUUGGGGUUAUGUUGAAGCAAUUAGGGAGAUUGAACAACAGCUGCACGGGAAGAUGAAGUUUGAUGAUAUUGUAGUAGCUGGUGGCAGUGGGGGCACGCUUGAUGGUUUGUCAGUGGGUUCAUGGUUAAGUACGCUCAAGGCAAAAAUUCACGCGUUCUCCAUCUACUACGAAGAUCCUGAAAAUUAUUUCCACGACUUUGUUCAACGCUCGCUCGAUGAAUUUCAUGUUAAUGUUGACUCACAUCACAUUAUUGAAGUUCAUAACGCAAAGGGUCUGGAUUAUGCAAUGAAUACGUCUGAGGAGCUUAAUUUUAUAAGAGAAGUUGCUGAAUCCACUGGCGUUAUUCUAGAUCCAGUAUACAGUGGGAAAGCUGCAUAUGGAAUGAUGAAAGAAAUGACCGAGAGUCCAAGAAAGUGGGAAGGGAGGAAGAUUUUGUUCAUUCAUACAGGAGGACUGUUGGGGAUGUAUGGCAAAGUUGACGAUAUGGGUUCAGUAAUAUCGGAGAAAUGGCGUCGUAUGGACAUUAAUGAACCUACCUCCAAUUAAUGGACUUGACAACACGUAGUAAAAGAAGAGAAAGCCACUAUUUAUACCUAC